AUGACUGCCGCCACUACGACUCUCCCUCUCUUUUGGCAUUUAUCAUCUGCGAACAAAGUUGAGCGGAUAGAUGCCUCCACAAAACUGGUCUCGGCUCUAGAGCAAUUCCAAGAGAAACAUUUACUAGGGGCCAAGCACAAGGACGUUCCGAACGAGGGUGAGGACGAUGACGAGGAGCAUCCCUCCGGCGAGGAUAACGAGAAUGCGGAACUCAAGGUCCAUUCUGCUAGCUUGGACUCCGAUAAUGCAGCAGACGUAGCAUAUGCAAUUCGACGUCUGGUUCGCGGACUUGCGAGUCCUCGUGAAAGCAGCAGGCUAGGAUUUGCCGUUGCAUUGACAGAGCUCCUAUCACGAAUGGAUACUAUCUCUUGCGAACAAAUUCUCGUUCUACUAAAGAAUGCGUCACAAACGACUGGAAGCAUGUCGGGUCAGGAAGAGCGGGACAUGCUUUUUGCGAGGUUAUUUGGGCUUAAGGCGAUAGUCCAGUCAGGUGUUUUACUCAGUCAGAAACCACUUCGAUCUUCGUCGACGAGUUCAAGCUCGCUUAAGGGCUUCGAGGUGUUCUUGCUCGAGCUCAUUACUCUUGGGGACAAGAAAUCUUGGCUGCGAGAGAGCUGCUGGUGGACAUUGCUGUCAGCAGUCAAGGCUCUGUCUACUUCGGAAGUCCCUUGGAAAGCGACCGCAUACGAUAUGCUGCUUGAUAGGGUAUAUGUUGGCGACAAAUCGUGGAGUCCCGAGAAGAUUGCUUUGACGUUAAUACUUCAAAAGGCUCUCCCAAAAGUGGACUGGCAAAUACAUUGCGCUUCUUAUUUCAAAGGUUCUGAUGUACUAUCAAAUCCGAACAUGCCGUCGCUCGCACGCUUGCUGAAGGAGUCCCUUACUGAAGAGUCAUCACAAGAGGGCACGUCCAAGCAAACCGCAGGUCCAUGGAAACCACAGUUGCACUUCGUUUGGGAUGUUAUUCUAGACACGUUGCUAUCACCGGAAAAAUCGUCCACGUCAAAUGGAAGCUUCCAAGACUUUUAUCGGAUAGUCGUUGAUGAGUCCUUAUUUGCGGCGUCGUCAUCCCCUCAGCGCAAAUAUUGGGGCUUUCUGGUUUUCCAGAAGGCAUUACAUCGCCUGCCGCCUACGAGCUUUUCAAUGCUUUUCACACAGAACUUCAUGCGGACGUGGAUUAACCAACUGUCGAAGAACGAUAGAUAUCUUAAUAAAAUUGCAGCCCAGGUGGCGUCGGAUGUGCAGCAGGUCGUGGAGAAAGACCCUAAAUCCGGUUUGUCACUUGUCUUGCAGUUGACCGGAACGAAUGGCUCCUUCCACUUUGAUCGAAUUACGAAGACGAAGACCGUGGAGAAUUUAAUCACAAGUAUGGAUAGCGCAGGUGUUGCGGAGUACAUAUCUUAUCUGUUAAUACAAGUCAACGAGGGCGAGCAAGGCGAUUCAUUCGCCUCUGUUGACGCUAGAAGGGCGUGGAUCAUAGAGCAGUUGGCGGCUUUACUUCGAAAAGCGUCAAUACCAAAGACGGACGAUAGCAUACAGCUGAUAUUGACCUGGCUUACCACUCAUGCUUUCUUUAAAGUGGUGAAGAAAUCCUCUAAGAGCUCAAAUACUGCCCUCCAUUAUGUUCCUGAGCCAGCUUUCUCUGAUGAAUUGCGAAGUACUUGCAAGACGAAGCUCUUAUCCUGUCUCGGAGACCUCACAAAUGCGGUAAACUUGCCUGGGACAGAGGAGGGCCGGAAGGCUGCGAAAACAUCCGGUGUUGCUUCUGACGGCGAGUUUUGGAUCGCUAAAGUCCUUAAAACGAUACUUGAGCUGGAGAAGGAUAUGAAACACGCUGAGCCACUCCAUGAAUUGGGUGAAGACGAGCUGAAGAUACGAAAACAGGCCCUUUCGGCAAUUGAGACAUUGAAGACGACUGCGAAAGACCAGGAGCCCGCCCGCGGUGCAGAACUGCUUCUCAACGCACUCGUAUUAAAAUGUAUGUGCGAUGACGAACAUGAAGCAGAUUGGGAUGGUGUUCAAGAGUGCGCUACCGUUGCGACCGAAUUAUUCGCAACUGCUACAAAACCCGAUAAGAAAAAGAAGAAAAAAGAGGCUAAACUAGAUGAGAACGAAGAACCCGAGCGUCCUCCCAUCGAUCUAAUCGUCGAUUUCAUUAUUGGUUUACUUGAACAAUCCACAAACUUCAGCCGUGUUGUUGCAAACCAGUCGUUCAGCAUGCUUACACCUAUGGUGGUGGAUAGCACGGUUGAUUUGAUAUUAGCGCAAUUGGAGAGGAGGAACCCCAACGAAGAAGUAAUAGAUGAAGAAAUGGACGUUGAUGACGAGGCAGAAGAUUCCGAGCAAGAGGAUUCGGAAGAGAGCGGUGACGGCGAGAGUGAUGAGGACAGCGACUCCGGCGCGAGCGAGGAAGAAGAGGAAGAAAGCGGAAAUGACGAAGAUACAGAAGCUCUACGAAAAGCUCUGCAGGUCGCUAUGUCCGGUCAUGACGCGGAUGGUGAUAGCUCGUCGGACGAGGCAAGCAUGGAUGAUGAACAGAUGAUGGCGAUUGACGAGAAGCUAGCUGCAGUCUUCAGAACCAGGGCAGAGGAACGCAAAAAAGGCAAAGACGUCGGUGCACAACGGGAAGCAACGUACUUUAAAAACCGGGUCCUCGAUCUCGUCGAGACAUACAUGAAAAGACAACUGACAAACCCUCUCAUCUUCCGCUUCAUUCUUCCAUUGGUCGAACUGGUUGCGACAUCAAGCUCCGACGAGAAGCAAUUAAGCGACAAAGCUAAGGGAAUUCUGCGUUCCCGAUUAUCUAAACCAAAAGACACUAUUGCUAUCAAGGGUGUACACAAAGCCGUCGAACUUCUGGAAUCUCUUCACUCUCGUGCUCGUCGAGCUCACUCUCAAGAUACGGUCUCGACUAUCAGCACAUGCAGUCUCUUUGUUGCUAAAUCGCUCGCUCAGGUCGAUGAGCGAGCGGUGUUACGAAUAUACAAGGAGUCCAUCUCAGAUUUCAUAACACGGAAAGCAUCAUCGUUGAAUCCUGCUUUCAUAAUCGACUUCAUUCGCCGCCAUCCUUUAAUGGCUUGGAGUAUGAGAUCCCAUAUCAUCGAUAUAAUAGGCAGUGCUGUCAACGGUUACCGCCAGGCGCAAUCGUUUGUUUUCGUUCAAACCAUCCUGACAUCACUUCCUCAACCGGAGUCCCAAAAGGAAGAACUCAAGCCGUUUUUCUCAGCUGUUUCCACGACGCUCCUCGAAACACUAAACAAGGCCUGCGUUGCCGAGAAACCUCUCCUGAACUCAGGCCACGCGAAGGAAGCCCUCGACAUCGCCAUGCAACUCUGUCGAUUCAGCAAGCGCUUCAUUACCGAUCCAGAAGACCUUAAGCAAGCCUGGAAACCAGCGAAGUGGGAGAAGCUUGCCUCAACAUUCUCAUCUUCAGAGCACUACAAAGCUUCUACUUCUCUUAUGAAGUUGUGUCAACAGAUCUCAAAACGCUCUCAACCAGACGGUCCAAAAGGCUCUACCAAGGAGCAAGACGGAUCUGUGCGUAAACGGAAGCAGGGGACAGAGAGUGGUGCAGCCGAUCAGGAAGAUGGGUCACCGAAGAAGCGUAAAAGGAAGAAGAUGCGAAAAGCAUCUAAGGAACAUGACGAGUAA